UAUAUUUUGUGUUUAUGUUUUUUACGGCUUAUGCAGGUUAAUAAUAUCAAACAUAUGCCAUAUAUUUCUACAUUUAGUUACAUAUUGUUUAUAAAGAAUGAAUGAAUUCAAGAAACAAGGUCAAUUGCAUCACCGAAAUAAAACUCGUUUCAAGGAUCAUGCGAAGUUCGCUCCUAAGGCAAACGGUCAACAGAAAAAAGAUUUGCCCGUGAAUGUGCUUCCAAAGAAUUGGUCCAGAUACGAUGAAUCCGACGAUGAAAUUUUGGAAGAUGACGAAAUUGUUUCCUCUAAAGACUUUGGUGUUUUGAGUCAAGGGCAAGUGUCGCAGGGCGCGUAUUUCCAGUUCAAAACUGAUAAACAAUUUUUACCUGAUGAUGAUACCCAACUGCAAAUCGACAGCGAUAUUUUCCAAUUGGAUUUAAAUGUUCUCAAUCUAGGAAUCUCCAGUAUUCCGUUCUACGAGAGGAUGAACAUCGAUCCAAAGAUUUUUCUACCUCAACAUUUGGAAGAGAUGCAUUCAACAGCUACCAAGAAUAAAGCAAUUUUCGAUACGUUUUUGGAGGGUCACUCGAUCAAUAAAGAAACAAUCGUUGAAAACAAAUCAUUCACGUCGAAUCUUGUGGAUAUGAUCGAAAAUGUGGAUAUAUGUGAUAAUGAGAUUAAUGAUCAGUCGGAAAACAAACCUGCUGACAAUAAUAUCUUUACCAAGAACAAGGACGUGGAAGAGUUAGAAGAUUGGCUAGAUGAUAUUUUAGGAUGACUGCUGUUUGUGAUUUCCAAUAAAUCAUAUAGUUACUAAACUACGGGCAAUAAAUAAGAAUGUUGGAAAUAAAU